AUGUGCUGGCUAUUGCUGAGUUUAGUGGCAGUUGCUGCUGCCCAAGGCUUUGACUACUUUGAAAACUACUACAAUGAAAUUGACAUCGAGGAUGAGCAGGCGGAGGCCAAAACGCGCAAUGCGCUGCAGUCGCCGCUGCAGCGUUGGCCCAAUCCAAAGCUAUAUUAUCGCAUAUCCAGCGAGUAUAGCGACGAGGAGGCGCAGAAUGUGCGCAGCGCGCUGAAAACCUUUGAUGAGCAAACCUGCAUUAAUUUCGAGGAACUUACAGAGCCUAUACCAUCAGGUCAGCGCUAUGUCUACUACAAGAAGUCGCCUCAAAUGUGCGGCACACGCGUUGGCUACAAUCCCAUACCACUGUUCGGCUCCGGUUCGCACGAUGUGCUGCUCACCGAGCACUGCUUAAGCAAGCCUGGCAUCAUUCAGCAUGAGACGCUGCAUGUCUUGGGUUUGUAUCAUGAGCAAAGCCGUGCCGAUCGUGACAUGUUUGUUGUCAUCGACUAUGAUAAUAUUCCACGCAAGUAUUGGUCGCAGUUUAUGGCCAUGUCGGAUAAGUCUACGACUACUUUCAAUGUGCCCUACGACUUUGAAAGUGUCAUGCAUUAUCCCAAGAAUGCGUUUGCUAAGGAUCGCAACAAGCCAACGAUACGCGCGCUGGUCAAUGGCGAACCUGUGGAGCGGGAAAUGGGUCAGGUGCUGGGCCCAUCCGAAGGGGAUUUGACCAAAAUACGUUUGAUGUACUGCAAUUGAUUGAGCGACAGUUGGGCAUA